GAACAAAUUUAGAUUUAGUUUCAUUAGAGCCCGCAUCGUGUUCAGUAACAAACGAUGUAUCUCCCAAGUCUGAUAGUUGUUCUGUUCGUAGCCCAGCUUAAUGCGGAAUCAAACAAUGCUGAGGUGCUAUAUGAACCAUGUGAUGGGGGUUUUUGUGUGCCGAAACAUUACUGCCCUACGGGACGGAUCAAUGACAUACCAAUCCAUGGACAAAAUGGCCUUAUAACGAUACGGGUUGAUGAAGAGAACGAAUGUGGAGAUUUCAUGAUGAUAUGCUGCAAGAAAUAUAACAGAAGUUUGAACGAUGAAUGUGGACUAUCCAAUCCUCAAGGACUAGUGUACAACGUGGAAUCAAAUCUAACGUACGCGAAGUAUGGAGAGUUUCCUUGGACUGUGGCCAUUUUCCAAAAAUCAUCCGAGUCUAACUCUCCUGAACUGACACACGUAGGCGGAGGCACCCUCAUACAUCCAAGGUUUGUCCUGAUGGCGGCUCAUACGUUGAAAGAUUCUCAUCGAUAUGUAGCACGGGUUGGAGAGUGGAACAUGAAUUCGGAUGCGGAGGUGUAUCCAACGCAGGAUAUUGAAAUAGAAAAAGGGAUUAUACACCCGUCAUACCGACAAACACGGACUCGUAUGGCAUGUGUAAACAACAUUGAGAACGAUAUAGCGCUUGCAGUACUGAAAGAGGAUGUCAACUACAUGGAACAUAUUCGACCCAUCUGUCUGCCAAAAGCUGAAGACGUGUUCAUUAGUCAGCCGUGCAUCGCGACCGGAUGGGGAUUGGACGUACGAACUGGGCAACCACCAACCAUCUUGAAACGCAUGGAACUGAACAUUAUGUCCCGUGCACGUUGUCAGAUGCCUUAUAGGGAGUUGGGCCUUCCAUUCCGACUGCAUCGUAGUGUUAUGUGUACGGACGAGGCAGAAGAUCAAAACAUUUGUGUAAAGGAUGGAGGUUCACCUUUAGCUUGUCAAAGAGAUGAUGGGUCUUACGUGCUAGCGGGUAUAACUUCAUGGCGAUUGGAUGCUCAAUCGGAUACACCAGGAUUUUUUGUGAAUGUAACCAAAUUUGUUUGCUGGAUCCACGACACGAUCGGGGAAUAUGAGGAGUUGCGCGCUGAACAAGAAGAUAAUGAAAAUAAGAGUCCAGAAAUGGAGAUCAUGCCAGUAUAUUAGGAAUAUGGCUAUUGAAGAAGUUAUAGGAAAGAGUUCCUUUCUUAUCGCUGCAUUACGAAUAACAGCAAAACCCGGCAAUAAAUUUCUACUGAUAUCUUCUUUUUAAAACAAUUUAAAGUAUAAAAAUAAUAUCUACUAGUAAUAGCGCCACUCGACAGCGCACAGGACAUGCAUAAAAAAAUAAACAUGCCUGGCUUGAAUGCGUAGCGGACAUAAUUAAAGUUACAGCACAUACAGAGGAUCAUCCACAGCUAGCAGGAACCACAAUCUGAGUAUAGGUAGACAUGGCCAUUAAUAAAUCCAAAAGUCAACUCGCAGUUAUUUAGUAAAAUAAAUAAAGUAAGCAAAGCAUAAUAA